UAGCUCUCGGUUUCCACAGACUGCUGGCUGUUUCCGCAGCGGUGCUGUCGUGAGUCGGUACUACGCUGCGUGUCCACGGUCUGUGCCCUCCUCCUCUAUCCCCUCGCCCCGCCUUUUCAUCGGGAGGGUUUCUUCUUCCCGAUCCAUCCAUCAUUUUUAUUCCCUUCUCAUUUCCCCCCCGUCUCCCCCUUGUUCGUCCCUGUACACGAUCUUGACGGCUCAGUUAAACAUAAUGGGGAUUUAAAACAGGUGGAAAACUCUCAGAGUCUGUCUCUCUCCAUCCAUCCGUCGCACUAAAGCUUCAGGGGAUCAUGCAACAUCUGAAACCAUGGCGAGCUCUGCUCCUUCUGGCGGUGCUCUACCAACCAGCUGUCUCUGAGAAAUACGGUUGCCUGUUUGAGAGAAAACUGUGCACAAGGGAUCAGUUCUGCUCUGACGAUGGGUUGUUUGGUCAGUGUCGGAGCUCCAAGCAGGACCAGAUCCAGUACCAGGUGACAGUUCUUGUUCUAAAGAGGAUGCAGGAAGUCCUCAAACAGCUCAUGCUGCAAGGUCUGUCAUGGCAAGAUGACAUCACCCAGUACAUUUUAUCAAAAGAACUGAAGAGAGUUCCCCAUACCACUGCUCUCUCAAAGCCGAUCUCCUCUUCACCCUCUUCUCAUUCAUCUCACUCAAAACAGCACAUCUCCCACCAACCCAACUCUAAGUCAGGGUCCACAUCUUCUGGUAGUAAAUAUGUGGACUACAUGUAUGUUGAGCCUCCUCAGUCCCCACUGCGUAUGCAAACAGCACCGUUGGACCCAUACGCGUAUUACCAGCACAGAUACCAAGACGAUGUGGAGAGAUCUCUUCUGAAUGGAGGAGGCGGAUAUGUUCGCCCCUCUUCAAGGUCUCAGGGCAGCCAGAGGGAACAAGAGCGGGACCGGCAGCUACUGCAGGAAGUUCUGUCUCUAUACCUGGCGUCUGCGCAGCCGUCUUAUCGGCAUAGAGGGUCUGCUCCCAUACCUCCUGCAGGUUUGCCUUAUUAUGAAGAUUUAGAGAUACCAGUGGACUAUGUGGAAGACUACACUCUAGAGGAGAGGCUUGGUACUGCAGGAAGACAACCAAACAUUCAGAAUAAGAAAGCUCCGCAGGAGUCUGCUCCCCUGGUUGCAAAUAAUGAUGGCUUGCUCCAGAGGAUGUCAGGUGUCUUGCAGAAGUACAACAUUGAUCCCAGGGAACUCAGUCAGGAGCAACUCUACAAGCUGGCUCUCAUACUGCAGCUGCUGCAAGGGCAGGACAAGACAGACCCAAAUGAGAAGGAUCUCAUCGCUCUUAAAGAGAUGCAGUUGUUACAAAAAGAAAGUGUGUCCAAACCAGAUAAGGCUGCUCCUGUUCCUGGUCCACGUGAUGCUCCUGCUGCCUCCUCUGCUAUAGUCCCUGAUAAAGCUCUACCUAAGAGUCCCAGCAUCCCCACAUCUGCCUCCAAGCCUCCACAGGCUGCUCCUGCUGAAGUUGAGAAAAGCUUUAAAGAGCCCUUAGUAGAGGGUAUGGAAGGCAAAGAGCAGUAUGGGUACAUUGUCACCAACCAAAGUCCCCUUAGUCUGUAUGAUGGAGUGAAGCUUUUGCAACUUCUGGCUGAAAAAAUACACCUGACAACCAGCAGCUUCAUCAACAUUAGUGUGGUGGGUCAGGCGCUGACUUUCCGCAUCCGCCAGAAUGAACACAACAUGACGGCUGCAGAGGUGGCUGCCAAAGCCGAAUCUGAGAAGAACUUUCUGGAGUCUGAGACUGGCCUGAAAAUCAUCCAGACUGGUGUAGGAGAGAGAACAAAUGCACGAGGUCUCCCUCAGGUAAUUAGGAUCCCUCCAGGAUCCAGUGGUACAGUCAUCACCCUCGUUUCCAUGGCAGUGGUCGGAGGUGUGCUCGUACUGGCAAUGGGCAUAGCUUGUUUCAGGCACUAUGGCCAUCAAGUAGCCAAUGGUAAACUCGGCUUGGGGCCAGAAGGAGGAGCAGAAACACACUUUGACUACCAG